UACUUUCUCAUUAUCUUCUCUUUCUUAUUUCCAUUCUCUCUCUCUCUUCCACUCUUUCAUUAUUUCUCUUUUUCUCCGAGUGACAGUCAGACUCCUUCAAACUCCUUUUCAUCUUAUAGCUUAGGUGAUGAAGAUCAGCAUCUCUAUUCAAUCUACCAUUGAUUUCUUCCCUCUCAUCAUCUUCAUUUCUCCCUUGCUUAUUGUCAAAGUUUCUGGGUUACCGGUUAGGUUUAUGCGCUAACAGGGUUUCCUCUCUUCUCCUUUCUUCUCUCUCUUCUGGUCUCUCUGGUCUCUUUUCCCUCUCUCUCCCUGAUUUUCAACAUUUGUUUACAUCAUUUUAUACUGAUCUUCGGAGAGGUUAAGGGCUUCUCUUGUUUUCCAUUUUUCUUCUCUCAUUUUCACUUUCUUUUUCCUAUUUUUUUUAAUUUUCUUUUUACAAUCCUUUUCCUCUCUAUCCAAGCUUCAAUUUUACCAUCAACUUAUUCAUCAAAAUUGUGAUCUUGUUUUUCUGUGUACCUCUGUAACUGCCAAUAUGCUGUGUGUACAUAUCUUAUCCUCCUACAACAUACAAAGUAUAUAACAUAUCUUUUACCUUUUUUGCUUAUUCCUUCUUAACUCUCCAUCUUAUCACCUUGACAGUGAUAUUUUUUUGUCUAACCAAUCUUUCAUACUUAAACCGUUACACAUUGGUUUCUUAUUAUAUGUAAGUUAAUUGCCAUGGAAACACUGUUAAUUAACUACGAGAGAAAAGAAAAUGUUGGUAAAUGUUCCACUGAAUCAACCUUGAUAGAGCCUUUAAUUGGAGUCGGUUCUUCAACUAGUGUUAACCUGGUCUCUGGUAUUAAAAUAAAUAAUAACCACAUCUUUAACAGUAAACAUCAAGACCAGGAAAAGCAACAUCUAAGUUCAAAUGGGAUUAAUAAGUUGCUUCGGAAAAGUGUUUCUUUACCAUUGGAACCUUGUACUGAUGAACCAGAUUCAUCGUUAAACCAAACCGCCAAUGAUGACACCGAUACUCACCGUAACAGUGUAAACAAUAAAUCAUCGAUAACAAUGUUGAGAGAUAAGGGUUACCUGAAUAUGGCGACAUUUACUCGCAACACUGGCAAUGGAUUAAGUGAAUAUCGAGAUUGUUACAGUGAUUCUAAUACACCAGUUAAAACCAUUUCUCCUGGUCAAUUGUUUAAUAAUCAUGAUAAUGGUUUGUUAACAUGUCAACCAGCCAAAUUUUCAUCACCAACAGAGACAUCACCUCAACAAUCAUCAUUACCAACUGAAACCGAAACACCACCAACAACAAGCGAAUUAUUCCAUUCUCGAUUUAAUGGAUCUUCCUUUUCACCAUCACCACCAUUAACAUCUACACCUUCAAUCAAUAAUUGUAACAGCCAAUCCUCUUCAACUCGUUCCAUGGUUAAUGACCAUUUAUCUGUUUCGUAUUUGGCUGACCAUGAUGUUGACAGUGGACCUAAAAGCUUACCAACUUUCAGUUCAACCCUGUCUUCACCAUCUUCUGGAACAUCAUCAACCUCUUUAACCAACAAAGAGUCUCUCUACUCUGGUUCUGGUUCCAUUGAUGAUGGAUUAUUAACCCAUAAUGGUUCCAUUGUUUGGGAUCGAGAGUCUGAUUGGAUCCUAUUGUUUGAUGAAAUGUUAAAGCUUAAAGGAACCAACAGGCAAGGCUCAGAAGAUUGCAUUUGUCGGCGUAAAUAUUCCGACUCUCUCCGAAUCAAAGCAUCUCAAGGGAUAUCUUCACCUUCAUCAUCUUCAUCAACAACCUCAUCAUUGACACCUUAUGACAAUGACAAUGUGAGUAACAUUUUCAAAUCAACAUUCAAGAUGAACGGCUCAAAGUCAAGUCCGCUUAAACGAGCGGCCUCUUUGCCACCUUCACGUCGCGGUGUCUCACCCAAUAUACGGAUAGCCUCUCAACUUGUCUCUCACAGUCCAGGAGCUGCGGAUGAAGAGAUGUUCAUCAAGUCUUUCGAGGAUGUUCCAAUGGUUCACUUUGGUUCGCUGAAGGAGUUGGACGAUGAGUUGAAUCGUAUAAAGGAAUGGUUGGGUGAAAAAAAUAGUGAUUGGACUAAACGGAUUGAUGGUUUAAAGAGACUUCGAUCAGUUUUAAUGUCCACUUCAACGGAUUUAAAAGAGUUUCUCGAAUGGUUCAAAGGAUUAGAGUUGUCCUUUAUUCCGUGUGUCAAAGAUCUUCGUUCCCAGGUUGUCAGGGAAACUUGUUUUACCAUUGGUUACAUUUCACAAAAGCUUGGAUUAAAGGCAACUCGCUUCUGUGAAAUGUUGCUUCCCAUUUUAAUCUCAUUGAUACCAAAUAGUGCCAAAAUAAUGUCCUCUUCAGCAACCGUUGCCAUAAGGUUUAUCAUACAAUAUACUCGAUCACCGAGAUUGAUUCCCGUUAUCACUUACAACAUGAACUCCAAGUCAAAGGAGAUACGGAAAGCUUGCUGUGAAUUUUUGGAUCAAAUAUUGCAUACUUGGCCCACCUCUGGACUGGAUAAACAUGGAUUGGCUCUUCAGGAAGCCAUUAAAAAGGGAAUCUCUGAUGCUGAUCCAGAAGCGAGACAAUUUGCUCGAAAAGCAUUUUGGGGUUUUGCCGAUCAUUUCAGAGAUGCAGCUGAUGCCUUGCUUCAUUCACUUGAUCCAUCCAAGCAACGUAUACUUCAUGGUGAAGCUGCUUACCAACAGCACACUUUAACAUCAUCGCCAUCUCAUUCGGGUGUUUUAAGUAAAAAUUCAAGUCGAAGUAAUUCUGGUAGCACUGGAUCAUUGAGUCAACCCGAUGGACCUUUUAAUGAGAACAACAAUUGUAAAGUAUCGCCGUUCCUAUUCUCAUCAUCUUUACCAUCUUCAUCGUCUUUAAUUACUCCAGUGAUUCGUAAAGUAUCAACUGGAUCAUCGUCAACAACCUCAUCAGCCUCUUCAUCACCUUUAAAUCAUACCAAAGUACCUGUAGCCAAAAGUUCAACCCAAAACCAAUCAGAGGCUCAAUCUCGUUCAUCUAACAGGCAACUACAGCCUACUUCUUAUUUACCAAGGAUAAGAUGUAAUCUCAAUAAGUAUUCACUGUCAUCUUCACCUUCAUCAACCUCCUCUGGUUCAUCAGGUUCGUAUUUAAAUUCACCUCUUCGAUCGUCCAGUGCCAUUGAUACAGAUGCAGCGAGAAGAGCUCGAACCAGAGCAACGACCAUUUCAUCAACACUUUCAAGAGUCAAUAAAAGUCCACUCAAUGGCUCAAAUGAUGUGAAUGGUCGGAAAAAAGUGCCAACUCCCACCAGUAAUGGCACUAAAGAUUCUGGACGUUUUUCAUCAGAUACCAGACAUCGUUAUUCUGUCCGUUCAUCUCAAUCUCAGCCUAGUAGUCGAUCAGCUUCACCACUUUCUCGUGGUCUGGUCAAUGGAUCACCCGUUAAAUCAAAUGAAACACCUGAAUCUAGACCCAUCCAAAUCAGACGGAAUUCAGGAAUACCAGUGUCAGCCAAUAGUCGAGAAAGUAGUCCAAGUAGAAAUGGUAAACAGCCCAAUGAACUUUCCAGUUCGUACACCAAUGGAACCAAUGGAAACUCUAAUCACCCCAGUAAUGGACAUUUUACCCGAUCACUUUCAAGCGAUUCUUACACUUUAAAGGGAAAACUGUUGCAAUCAAAUAAAGAGGUUGACCUUUCCAUGGCCCAUACAUUGAAAAAUUUAAAUAAUGUACAAAGAAAUCGGUUUGCUCAUGAUGAUCAGUCAGAUAAUGAAAGUGAAACUUCAAGUGUUACCUCAGAUUUCUCAUUUGCUGCUCGUAAUAUUGAGGAGGUUUCAGAUAUCAUUUGCAACUUAUCUAGUUCUCAAUGGAUGGAUCGGAAGGAAGGUUUACUUGACCUGAAUCUAUUUCUUCAACUUGGUCCUCGAAGUCUUAACCAGUUUGAAUUGAAACGUAUAACUGAGAUUUUCAAUAAAAUGCUAAUGGAUCCGCAUAUUAAGAAUCAUUCACUACUUUUCAAGGCUCUGAAUAACCUGAUUACAAGUCACAAGAACCAUCUUUAUGACUGGUUAUACCUUCUGAUGACCAGACUGUUUAUGAAAAUUGGAUCCGUUGGUUUGGCGUCCUUAACCGCCAAAGUAAACAAGACUCUGGAUACAAUUUUUGUUUCUUUUCCUGUUGACAAUCAAUUUAGCUGUUUAGCUCGCUUCUUAUCGGAUCAAUCACAAACGUUAAAUGAAAAAUCUAAACUUCGUGUGAUCAGUUAUAUUAACCGAUUGAUUAGUAAGAUGGUCCCUGUAGAUUGUUACUCACCAGACAAACAUGAUCUUCAGUUGAGUCUGAUGAAAAUUAUUUCUUGGACAAAUGAUCCUAAAUCAAGUGAACUCCGCCGGCAGUCAAAAGAAGCCCUGAUUAACUUGUUUACCCUUAAUCGCCAGCGGAUUUACACCAUUGUCUAUCAACUGCCCAAAAGUUAUCAAGAUACUGCUUUUACUUUAAUCCAUUCAAGAAAACGUCCGUCUGAUGAUAAAUCAUGUUUUACCUCAUCUGCGGUUCUUGCGCCAAGUGCCUCCCUUCUUCAGGAUUCUUCCAUGUUUAUGUCAUUAAACAUUCGUAAUGGAUCAACCUUUGAGUCAACCUUUGAUGAAACGGAAAACCUUAAUCCAGAUGAAAUUUAUCAUUCACUUUUACGUACCACCGAUGAGAUUCAAAAAUACAAGUUUAACGGUGGUGUUGAUGAUGAUUUAGAUGAACGGUUAACAUCAAGUCUAAUCUAUAACCGUAACUCAUCUUUUGCUUCAGCACCUUCCUCAUCACCCUCAUCGCCAUCAUCCUCUACCAGCAAGACUCCAUCAUCAUCAUCGUCAUCUACAUCAAAUAAAUCAACUAAUAAUGUUGUUUCCUCUUCAAACCUUAUCAAUGGUUCCCAAUCUAAGUCAUUAUCAUCUAAAACAUCCAGAUCAAAUGGUAAAAAGAGUGAGAUUUUACAUGAUAAGCGUAAUAGCAACAAUAAUAACUAUAUUAAUGGCUAUCAUCGUCAAACAACUAACGGAAUUGAAGGCAAAAUUGUAAAAAACCACCAUUUGAUCACACCUUUAACAGUAGACACUAAACCCAACAAUUCAACAAUUUUAUUGCGAUCAGAUGAAUCCACAAUUAAUCGUGCUAACCAAUCUAACUUGUCAGCCAAUAAUGACCAUUUUCACCAUCACCAUUACCAUCAUAAUCAUCAUCCUAAUAGUAAUGGUCAUUCAAGUCCAACCAAGAAUGGUCAUGAAACAGUUACUAAUAAUUUGAUCAGUAGUCUCAAAAAUGGACACAGUAAGGAUAAUGAUUAUCAAAAGUAUGCGCUUAAUGAGCUUAUCGAGUUGAUUAAAGAUUCUAAAUUAGAUCUAUCGCGCCAUUUUCGUGAUAUGUUAAAAAUAUUACUGGACAAGAUGGCGGACGAAGGAAACCCAACAGUUCGCCAGUUGGCGUUGCGAAUUCUUCGUGAGCUUCUUCUUAAACAACCUUCUCUCUUCUCUGAUUACACUGAGCUCACGGUGCUCAGAGUUUUAAAUGCUUCAAAAGAUACAGAUAAAGAGGUUCAACGAAUCUCUGAUUUAGUUUCAGCUACUGCUGCUUCAGUUCUUCCUGCUGAUUCGUGUCUCAAAAUCCUUAAAUCAGCCAUGAACUCAGGUGAUGGAGCAACGAGCCAAGCAGCUAUUAAAAUGUUAUCUAAGUUCAUUGAAAGGCAAGAUGAAGAUCAGAUUGAAGCUCUGCUUCCAGAUAUAAUGCCGUCUCUGAUUCAGGCCUGUGAUAAUAGAGAAAGUUCAAUACGUAAAUCAGCUAUAUUCACCUUGGUUGCCAUUUACAAUCGCAUUGGUGAUCGUUUAAACCCACACAUUGCAAAUCUUAAUGGAAGCAAAUUGAAACUGUUGAAACUUUACAUUGAAAGAGCCCAAGCCAGUGGAACAAAUGGAUCAGAAUAUUCAUUUUCAUAAUUUAUUUUUUGCUCCAUCCUAUUAAAUUAAACCAAAGGAAAACGGAAUCCAAACUGGAUCAAAGGGAAAGGCUAUUUUAAUGUGAAAUCAACGUGAAAAGCAAACCAUUUUUACAUCAACUUUAACUUUUUGCUCAAACAGUCUCCGCCAACGCUAAGCAAGACCAAACGGAAACAAAAUGAACUGUGUGCCACAGUAAAAGCAAUUGUGUUUCAAUCACUUCACAAAUCAUUUAGAUCGGCAAUCAUGUUGGACGUAGCAAAAUUAUCCUCAAAGAUACUAACUCCAAUAACAAAGACUUAAAUAUAAUAGAAUGGCAAUUUUUUAGGAUUAGAAACUUUCAUGGCCCUUUAAUUUAAAUAUCUUAUGGUGUCAAAAUGUUUUUAAAUCAAUAACCUGCUUACCUUGAUCCCAAAUCAAAUGAAAUUGUUUUUAAAAUAACCUUUAAUUGUGAUUAUUGUCCAACUUUCUUAACAUUAACUGAUUCUACUUUUUUCUUACCCUUUAUCUCUAAUGUGCCACGACCUUAUUGAGUGCCAUUACGCAUAUAUUUGAUGGCAAUACGCAGUUAUGAAAGAAGCAUUUAUCAACACAAAUCAUUGAACUAAUUAAGCUACAAAUUACUGCAAAGGAAAUUCAACUUGGAAACUAAUCGUGAUCAUUUUUACUACAAGAUUAUCUCAUUGAUUCAACAUUAUAUCACUACAUUACAAUAUCUAUUUACACACUCAUUUAUAUACAAUAUACAUAUAUAUAUAUUUGAUUUGAUAUUAUGUAAAUUAGAGGUUAAUUGAACAAAAAUUUUCCUCAAAUCCUAUCAAUACGUAAAGGAUUGAAGGUUGUGCUUGUUUCUUGUGUUUAUUUCAUCCUUUAUCAAUCAAAUGUAAUGAAAAAUCAUGAAAACAAUGUGAAAGAUUGUAAAUGUUUCUCAGUGAGAUUCUAGGCAAGUGAGAUUUUUUAAACUGUUUUAAUUUCAUUACACGUUUUUUAAUCUUAUUCAAUAUAAUCAAACUGAUCAGAUUUAUAAAUUAUUUUCCCUCGCAGUGCUUAGCCCGAUUGAAUCAUUAUUAGAUCUUUCACCUUGCUUUCUGAUUAUGUCACAUCAACAGUUCUCUUUUAACAGCUAUUACUGUUCUAAUUUACUAAUAUUGACUUUUUUCAAACACUGUAAACACCAUCAAUACGAUGGAAACGAUUUUUGUUUUGUUUCCUUAUAAUUAGCUGAUCAACACUAAUUAUAUUAAUGAUGCGAUUGCUUUUUGUUUUCAGGUAUGCUUUCAUCAAAUGAGUAUUUUAUCCUGAAUCCUUCGUUCUUUCAAUUGAUUUAUCUGCAAUGCAAUAUAAUCAAAAAAAAACCUUUAUAUAAACAACCUGAUUUGUUCACUUGUUCACAGCAAAUAUAAUAUUAUUAACUUUGCAUUUUAACUACAAUUAAAGAAACGAUAACUUUUUUCAAACCGAA